CUGCAAUUCUCUACCCUCCAGGCUUUUCUUCAACUCCACGUCGGUCCCACGGCAGGUCUACGGUCGCAUUUCCCCGGCAAAUUGAGAAGCGGGCUCCAUCGCUCGCACGUAAAGGACCGUUUUGUCUGAUUUUUUAGGGCCUUUCCCUCAAUUUCGCAAUGGCCGACUUUCUUCUGUUCGAGAGCCCUAUGGGCUACUCGCUUUUCAAGGUCGCCCACCAGGGUGACAGCGUUGGCAACCGCUUGAAGGAGGUUCAGGAAGGUGUGAACGACUUGGCUACCUUUGGUAAGAUGGUCGAACUCGCCAGUUUCCUGCCUUUCGAGAACAACAAGCAGGCCCUUGGUGAAAUCAACGAUGUCUCGGAAGGUGUCGCUUCGGACACCCUGAUCUCUUUCCUCGAAUUGAACCUGCCCAAGCCCAACAAGAAGAAGAAGGUUAUUCUGGGACUUUCCGACAAGGCUCUGGCCGGAAGUAUCAAGUCCGCCUUCUCUUUCGUUGACUGCGAAACCGGUGACACCAGCGAGGUUGUCCAGGACAUGCUCCGUGGAGUUAGACUGCACGCCACCAAGCUGCUGAAGCAGCUGCGCGAGGGUGAUAUGGACACCGCUCAGCUUGGUCUGGGUCACGCCUACUCCCGCGCCAAGGUCAAGUUCUCCGUCCAGCGCGAUGACAACCACAUCAUCCAGGCCAUUGCUAUCCUCGACCAGCUCGACAAGGCCAUCAACACCUUCUCCAUGAGAGUGAGAGAAUGGUACUCUUGGCACUUCCCUGAACUCUACAAGAUCGUCUCCGAGAACCAACGCUACGCCCAGGUUGCCCUGUUCGUCCAGGAUAAGAAGAACUUGACCGACGACAAGUUGCACGACCUUGCUGCCCUUGUGGAGGACGAUGAGGGUGUCGCCCAGAGCAUUAUCGACGCUGCUAAGCACAGUAUGGGUCAGGAGAUCUCCGAGACUGACAUGGAGAACGUUAUCUCUUUCGCCCAACGAGUUGUCAGCCUGUCCAAGUACCGCAAGUCUCUCCACCAAUACUUGAUUUCCAAGAUGAGCGUUGUCGCCCCCAACCUUGCUGCCCUGAUUGGAGAGAUCGUUGGUGCUCGUUUGAUCUCGCACGCCGGAAGCUUGACCAACCUGUCCAAGUACCCCGCUUCUACGGUUCAGAUCCUUGGUGCGGAGAAGGCCCUUUUCAGAGCCCUGAAGACCAAGGGUAACACCCCCAAGUACGGUCUUCUGUACCACUCUUCUUUCAUUGGAAGAGCUGGCCCCAAGAACAAGGGCCGCAUCUCGCGCUUCCUCGCCAACAAGUGCUCCAUCGCUUCCAGAAUCGACAAUUUCUCCGAGGAGCCGUCGACCAAGUUCGGAGAAGCCCUUAAGCAGCAGGUUGAGGAGCGUCUGGAGUUCUACGCUACCGGCGCUGCCCCCACCAAGAAUGAAGUCGCCAUGAAAAAUGCCAUGGAUGCUGUCCUUGCCGACAUUGACAUUGACGGUGGCGAGAGCGACGAGGAAAUGAAGGAUGCCGAUGCCGAGGAGUCCGAGAAGAAGGACAAGAAGGAGAAGAAGGAAAAGAAGGACAAGAAGGAGAAGAAGGAGAAGAGCGAGAAGAGCGAGAAGAAGGAGAAGAAGGAGAAGGGUGACAAGGAAGAGAAGAAGAAGAAGCGCAAGUCCGACGUCGGCGAGGGCGAGUCCGACAAGAAGAAGCGGAAGCACGAUAGCGAUGCUGAGCCGUCCAAAAAGAAGAAGAAGGUUUAAAAGCACCGAGUCUUGGGACAGGAGGGCGUCAUUGUCGCGGCGUUGUUGGGUUUUCUUAUUCUUGCCAUCCACGUUCUGUUUUCUCCUUGACGACUUGAUGGGCUGGGUUUUUGUAAAUUAUUCGAUUGAGGCCUGUGUCGUGCCAAAAUUUGUGUGUAGUUCUUGCUGCC